CGUCCGAGUUCUGUUUCCACUGCUGUUGCUCCGAACAUGUCAGCUCCCGGCCCUGCGACUCCGGAGGCACCCUUUAAACCAUCGCAGCCCCCAGUCAUCGAGGGGUUUCUUCCCACCGUAUACAGCAAUCCGGAAGGCUUCAAGGAAAAGUUUAUUCGCAAGACCCGUGAGAACCCAAUGGUACCCAUAGGCUGCCUCGGCACGGCGGCCGCCCUCACCUAUGGCCUCUACUGCUUCCACCGAGGCCACAGCCAGCGCUCGCAGCUCAUGAUGCGCACCCGGAUCGCCGCCCAGGGCUUCACGGUUGCAGCCAUCUUGUUGGGUUUAGCUGCAUCCGCUAUGAAGUCCCGCUCCUGAUCCCACGACCGGGUCUUGAAAGCUCCUCGGAGAUCAUUCCAAAACUCGGAGCAACCACCAGCCCUGCCAAAAGACUUAUUUCCGCCUCUCCUCUGACAGGUCCCUGGGUCGUUGAGGGAGAAAGUGGUGGCUGUAACCAAAAGAUUUUUUCAGAAAUCCCAGAUACGGUUUAGUUUGGGUGUAGCAUACUAAUAUUUGCGCUACAUCCCUUCCACUCCCUAUUUAAUAAACUCUCAUCCACAUGUAGUUUGAAGAACUCAUUCCGUCUCACCCAUGGUCUUUGGUUUUAGGAGGAAACAGACUGUAGAUUGGAGUAACCCUUACACUUUCUUUCUUUCUUUUUUUAAGCAGUGUUGGGGAUUGAACUCUGGAGUGGCCUUUAGAUAUCAUAAGCCUAGUGAUUCCAAACUUUGCUGGUAACAGUUCCUGGGACACUUGUUAAAAGUGCAGAUUCCCAGUUGCCUCUCCUUGAGAUUCUAGCUCAGUGGGCCUACAGCGGUGCUAUUUGACAGGGUAGGGGAGAGGAGAUGGAGCAGCAGUUUUCAAACUUUCAGUAAUCUUCAGCUGAGCCUGCUGUCCUGUCAGGGUUUUCUGCUCCUCACCCUACUCCCACCUCUUGAGAGCCUCGCCCCACUGAUUGAGACUGCCCAGAUUUUUAUACAUAAAAUCUCAACCAGGUAUUCCUGGUCUGAUCAACUCUCCAGUGUUGAUUGGGGUACCUAGACUCCUCUAAUGGGUGACUCCUCCUUUUUCAACAUAAGCUUCAAGCUGACAAAAGGGAAAAGAGUGAAGAAGACACGCAUUCUUGAGGCCCUGACACAAUCUAGAUCUCUGAGUAAAGGGUGUGUGACUAGAGCCAGCUAAGUUUCUUGUCUCUACUAUGGUCUCAGCUUGGUGGCAGAUUGUAUUGUGGUGAUCCCUGGCCUCAAGAUACAAGGAAAAUUGCCGGGUGCUGGUGGCUCACACCUGUAAUCCUAGCUACUUAAGAGGCAGAGAUCAGGAGGAUCACAGUUCAAAGCCAACCCAGGCAAAUAGUU